AAGGAUAAGGACUGGAGACAAACUACUGACCGAACAAAUCGAACCGGAGCCUCUUCAGCUCGGAUCCUCAGGCGCAGAGCGAAGGAUCAGAGUUGAGGCAAGUCAUGAUCUCGCAAUUCUUUGUGCUGUCGCAGAGAGGUGACAACAUCGUCUUCCGCGACUACCGUGGUGAUGUACAAAAAGGAAGUGCAGAAAUAUUUUUCCGCAAAGUGAAGUUCUGGAAAGAAGAUGGUGAAGAGGAAGCACCACCUGUGUUUAAUGUGGAUGGUGUGAACUACUUCCAUGUGAAGGUUGUUGGAUUGCUGUUUGUUGCAACCACGAGAACCAAUGUAUCACCUUCUCUUGUCUUGGAGCUUUUACAGAGGAUUGCACGCGUCGUCAAAGAUUAUCUUGGAGUUCUCAAUGAAGAUUCAAUUCGAAAGAAUUUUGUGCUUGUGUAUGAAUUGCUGGAUGAAGUUGUUGAUUUUGGUUAUGUACAAACGACAUCCACUGAACUCCUGAAGUCCUUUAUAUUCAAUGAGCCAAUUGUGGUUGAUGUUGCACGUUUACAAGCCCUUGGCCCUGCUGGCCUCUUUAUGCAAGGUACCAAAAGGAUGCCAGGGACAGCUGUUACGAAAUCGGUUGUUGCAAAUGAACCUGCGGGUAGAAAGAGGGAGGAAAUUUUUGUGGAUAUAAUUGAGAAAAUAAGUGUUACAUUCAGCUCUAGUGGUUAUAUACUGACUUCGGAGAUUGAUGGCACUAUUCAAAUGAAAAGUUAUCUUAGUGGAAAUCCAGAAAUCCGGUUAGCCCUCAAUGAUGAUUUGAGCAUAGGAAGAGGCGGCAGAUCUAUCUAUGACUAUAGUGGUUCCUCUGGAUCUGGAGCAGUGAUUCUGGAUGAUUGUAAUUUCCAUGAAUCUGUUCAUCUUGAUAGUUUUGAUGUGGACAGGACUCUGUCUUUGGUGCCGCCAGAUGGGGAAUUUCCUGUCAUGAAUUACCGCAUAACCCAGGAAUUCAAGCCUCCUUUUCGCAUCAACGCUUUGAUUGAACAAGCUGGGCCACUUAAGGCUGAAGUUAUUCUGAAAAUACGUGCUGAAUAUGCCUCAAGCAUCACUGCAAACACUAUUCUAGUGCAGAUGCCACUACCAACAUAUACCACCAGAGUGAGUUUUGAGUUGGAACCUGGCGCUGUUGGACAAGUGACUGAUUUCAAGGAGUCCAAUAAGAGGCUUGAGUGGGGUCUUAAAAAGAUUGUUGGUGGAUCUGAACAUACACUGCGUGCAAAGCUUACGUUUUCCCAGGAAUUACAUGGAAACAUCACUAAGGAAGCUGGACCUGUCAGUAUGAACUUUACAAUACCAAUGUAUAAUGCCUCGAGGCUUCAGGUGAAGUACUUGCAGAUAGCCAAGAAAUCCAAAACCUUCAAUCCGUAUCGGUGGGUGAGAUAUGUUACCCAGACCAAUUCAUACGUUGCUCGUAUUUAACCCAAGGGAAGUCAUCCUUUUCGUUCCAUUCUCUUCUUUUCUUUUUGUUUCCUUCUUUUAGUCCAUACGGAUUCUAAAGAAUUUGACAAA